AUGCCGAAGUUCUCCAGCACCAAGGACGACGACGUCGCGGACUACCUCUUCAGUGCCAAACUCUACUUUGAGUCGAAGAACAUCAAGUACGGCGCCGACUCACCGCAGCAGCGCCCCCUGUCACUCUUGGUGGCGAACUUGAAGGGGCCAGCAGCAGCGUGGUACCGCGAGUACAACAACUUCGCCUGCCUCGAAGAUUACGUGUCGGCCUUCCGGCACAUCAUCUGCAAGGUAGAGGACAUCAGUGAUAUCGACAAGGUCAUGCAUUUUCAGAAGGGGUUGGUCGUAGAGAUCAGGCAAGAGGUCAAGCUGCGCCAGUUCCGAAACACGACGGACGCGAUUUCAUUUGCACUGAUGUACGACCGAACGCACGCUUCGUUACAUCGCAUCGAGGAGCCGACACCGAUGGAGAUUGGAAGCUCGCGCUUCGUUUCUCGCGACGAGUGUCUGCGCAGUAAUCUGUGCUUCUACUGCAAGGAACCCGGGCAUCGCCUGGCCACGUGUCCAAAGAGGCCAGCGCGCAACAACCCCUGGGACGAAGACGACUACGUAGACAGCCGUGACGACCACGUCGUGGUCAUUGACAGCUUGCAGUUGAACAUGGUGUCCAUCGCCACCGAGUCGUCACCCAAUCGUGAACUGUUGCGAUUCGAGGGGGCGAUGAACGGGCGGGCAGUGCGAAUCUUGAUCGACAGCGGUGCAGAGCGCAACAUUGUGCGCCCUGGCCUCGCCCAAAACUGCGUUGAGUCCACCAAGAUCACGGCGGAGCGCUUUGACGGUACGACAACGCCGGCCCGUACGGCGCAACAAUGUUUGGAGACUAUCAGCUUUGCUGGCAGAGACUUCAACGGAAUUUCCCUCAUUGAGUGGGAAUUG